AUGGCGAUUUCUUUUAUUAACAACAUAUUUGUAAAAAAUGUUGUGUUAGUCGCACUUUUCGUCAACGUCAUAUGUGUUGGAGCCGCUUUACGUCCAGACAUCCUUCCUUCUACACCACCUCCCCUUGACAUUGACAAUGAGCUAGCCAAGAUAGCGGAUACGUGUCUCAGCGAAACAGAUUAUGAAGAGCUUUGCGGCAACGUUGUCAGAUACAUCACCGCGAUAGGACUCUCCCACGUGUUGGUACACGAGAGUAUUGCCAGCAUUGCUCUUUCAGAGUUGCGGGCUCUACUUGGAUUCUCACCACUUCAUCCUUGGCAAGUAUACAAUCGAACCAAGCCAUCGGAGACUGAGCUGAAGAAUGCACCGACUCCAGAAGCAUACUAUGAGUUGAGAGAGCCACGUAACCAAAGGCGGAGUCUCAACAGCACACACUUGUUUGAGAAAAAUGUGGACGCAGGUAUUAAGUACUUGGACGAGCACUUCCCAGCGAUCCGUAGGAUAUUUCGGCAGAUAUUCGAGGAAAAACUCUUAAGGGAAGGAGUGCUGGAUAAGAAAUUAAUUGAUCAUAUGAUCAAUGUGUAUUUUGAAGCUUUGAAUAGAGUAGAUAAAGCAACUUCAGAUAUGUUGUGGUAUAAAUUAAAAUGCGAUGGUUUUUAG